CUUAAAGUAAAGUAAUGACUAGACGACAGGGUUAGUUGUGUUCCAGCUUAGCCGUUUUGAUAUUUGGUAAUAAAAGUUACCUUAAACAUGGUUUUGUAGAAAAAAUAAUUUGUCUCAAGUGAAGUACCUACAUAAAGUAACUCAUCAAUACUUAUUAUUUUACUGGAUAGAUCUUUAAAAGAAUUGUCAAGUACAGCAAAAUGAGCUUAGAAUCAAUCAGAUAUGAACGAGGUAGGUUAGAGAUUCUUGAUCAAUUAUUAUUACCAUUACAAACACGAUAUAUAAAGGUGCAGGGAGUUGAAGAUGGGUGGAAAGUUAUUAAUAAGAUGCAGGUACGAGGGGCCCCUGCGAUAGCAAUUGUUGGUUGUUUGUCAUUGGCCAUAGAAAUACUUAAAGAUGAUUGUUUAGACAAAAAAGUUAUGAGACAAGAGAUUGAAGGCAAAUUAAACUAUCUCGUGUCUGCACGGCCGACAGCUGUGAACAUAAAAUUAGCAGCAGAUGAGCUUAUUAAUUUGGCAAAUACUUUAAGCGCAGACGAAAAUGUUACAGCUGAUGACUUCAGAGAGAGAUUCAUUCGAAACAUAGAAAGCAUGUUGAUAAAAGAUAUAGAAGAUAACAAAGCAAUAGGAAAAUUUGGAUGUGAAGCUAUAUUAAAGAGAUUAGAAGGUGACAGCCAUGUACGGGUCCUGACUCACUGUAACACGGGAUCGUUGGCUACAGCUGGAUAUGGCACAGCAUUGGGAGUUAUAAGGUCCUUACAUGCAGCAAAACGGUUAGAACAUGUAUACUGUACUGAAACCCGUCCAUACAAUCAGGGAGCGAGGCUUACGGCAUACGAACUUGUCCAUGAAAAGAUACCCUCUACUCUGAUUGUUGACAGCAUGGUGUCUGCCCUGAUGCACGCCCGUAACAUUACCGCUGUAAUUGUCGGUGCUGAUAGGGUUGCCGCGAAUGGUGACACAGCUAAUAAAAUAGGAACAUAUCAAAUAGCGAUCGUAGCGAAAUACCACAAUGUGCCUUUUUAUGUCGCCGCGCCUCUAACUUCUAUAGAUAUGUCCCUCAAAUCUGGAGAUAGGAUCAAAAUUGAGGAACGACCUGACAGGGAAAUGACACAUAUUGGAGAACAUAGGAUAGCUGCACCUGGUAUAAGUUGUUGGAAUCCAUCGUUUGACGUAACACCAGCUUCGUUAAUUACAGGUAUAAUAACUGAAAAAGGAGUUUUUGCUCCAGGCAAAUUGCACGAAGCUGUACCUUAAUAACUAACUUGCAUAUAAUGUUUUUAUAGUUCCUAAAAUAUAAUAUAAAACACUUAUAUUAUUAUGCUAUAGUAAUUGUUACAAUAUGACUGUAUACAUUUUUUAAACAUUUACUCAGAUGCUUAGCAAAGAAAUAAGUUAUUAUUUUAAUUGUUUUAUAUAUAAUCAAUCAGUUUCCACAAUGCUUUAAAAUUAAUAGUUUUAAUAAACGAUGAGAAGGUAUUAUUGUAAACAACUUUUCAUGA